CACGCCCGGCCGUCUCUGAUUGGUCGGGUGUACAGUUUGGUCCUGCCUCUUUACCGGUUUUACUUUUCAUUGGCAGUAACCGCUGUCCAUCACUUUCCAGACGGAUUAGUGACGUCACUGUCUGGAAACUCCUCUCCGUGUCCUAAGGGAACAUUUAAAGAGACAGAAGGCAUUUAAUGAUGUGCGGCUGUGGUGUGAAUACUUGACCUGCCGGCUGUGCGGUCACGGGGCGGUCCCUGGGCUGCGGGGCGGGGUCAUCUCAGGCUGGGUGCAGGGUCCUUUCAUGGAGCCGCCAGGCAGUGAAGGUGCUGAUUCCCUGUGAGUGUAUGAGCGAGCCAGAAGCUAAAUGUACAACAAGAUCAGGUGACCGUAAGAAUUUUGAAUAAGAGGUUGUCACCAAGGAUCGGAAUAAUGCGCAUCUAACUGAGCACCACCAGCAGAAGCCCCCACCGUCCCUACCCUGUCUGCAAUGUUCCAGCAGCAGCAGAACCCUGAGCCCUGUGACCCCCAGUGACUGAGUUCCUCUUCCUCAAGGAGUUCCUCUUCUUUAAUGUAUGACUUGAUGGGUUUGAACAGCACCAGCUCUGCCAUCCAGUCCAAUGUCUCCUGCUCCUGCAACUGCAAGAGGUCCUUGUUCCAAAGCAUGGAGAUCACGGAACUGGAAUUCGUUCAGAUAAUCAUCAUUGUCGUGGUGAUGAUGGUGAUGGUCGUAGUGAUCACAUGUCUCCUAAACCACUACAAGCUUUCUGCACGAUCCUUUAUCCACCGGCACAGCCAGGGCAGGAGGCGAGAAGAGAAUCUGUCUUCGGAAGGAAGCCUGUGGCCUUCGGAGAGCACAGUAUCGGGAAAUGGGGUGGCAGAGCACAUUUACACACCACGACCCUCAGACAGGCUCAGCAUCCCACCGUUCCUCCAAAGAGAUCGCUUCAGCCGCUUCCAGCCAACCUAUCCCUACAUUCAGCACGAGAUCGACCUCCCACCCACCAUCUCUCUAUCAGACGGAGAAGAGCCCCCACCCUACCAAGGACCCUGCACAUUGCAGCUCCGUGAUCCCGAACAACAGAUGGAACUGAAUCGAGAGAGCGUACGGGCUCCUCCCAACCGGACCAUCUUUGACAGCGACCUAAUCGACAGUUCAGUCUACGGAGGCCCAUGCCCGCCAAGCAGCAACUCCGGAGUGAGUGCCACUUCGUACAGCAGCAACGGCAGGAUGGAAGGGCCACCUCCGACCUAUAGCGAGGUCAUAGGUCAUUACCCCGGGUCAUCGUUUUACCAGCAUCAGCAGAACAUGGGCACUCCCUCAAUAUUAGAAAGCAGCAGACUUCACAUGCAAAGCAAUGUUCUCGAUAGCACAGUUGCACGGAGCAAAGACAAGGACAAACAAAAAGGACAGCCAUUUUAGGAUCAAAAAACACCGAACUGAUCGACAAAAAGUUGAAAUCCAUAAACACUGCACUUCUGAGCUGACCCGUUUCAUUGUCAGCUGGGGUCGCAAUACCGAGACGAUUGCGUGCCUUUCUGAUGACCAACAGAUUGCGGGGCAAGAACUUUUAAAGGAGACGACGGGGUGGAGGGAAAGCAAAAAUGUUAUGCGAGAAAACCCUCCCGGCCCCUUCACCUUCUUCCUGUAUAAAUAUUUAGUUGUUUUGUCUGGUUUGAAUGCACAAGCUGAGAGGAAGCUUGCAAUCCUGUUUAUGUUUCGCUGUGUCUUGGAUUCCUAUACACAGUGGCCCUUUAAGAAGUCGACUAGCCUGCGUGAGUGCUUACCUAUAUACCCCCAUCACCUUAUAUCUAUCUAUCUAUAUAUAUAUAUAUAUGUAUUUUUUUUUUUUUUUAUAUUUCACUUAACGUUAAAGGAAACAAAUCCUGAAAUAUUUGCACAAAAUUUUAUUUGUUAAAAAACUUAAAAAAAAGACUUGCAAUAUAUAAAUAUAUAUACGAGAACUAAGAGAGAAAGUAUGAGUGAGGGGAAGUAUUUUUGUAUUAGAAAAAGGGCCUAUACAUUUUGGGAUGUUUGUUCGUCAGAAAAUGGAUUUUUUUUUUUUUUUGCGGGGAUGGGUGGAUUUGUUUGAGUGCCAACUCGGAAAGAGUGUUUAAAAAAAACAAAAAGAAAAAAAAAACGAGGAAUAGAGUUAUUUAUAUAAAUGUUAAAAAUAUUGCACUAUUUUUUGAUAUGACUAUACCAGUCCUUGUGUUAACAACAAUGUAUCAUGUCUACCACAAAAAUACAGAACUAAAAAAAGAAAAAGGAAAAAAAAAAAUAAUAAAAAAAAUUACAACUAUGUGCUGCAUUGAUCAACUAUGUUCUGAAAACCCUAAAUUAAAAGAUUACAAAAAUUACAGCACUUGGUUUUUUACAGAUCUGGAUUGUUGGAGUCUUGGGUCGGAACUAUAAUAAUGUAUCAUUUCUUCAGAAUCUGUCCUAAGGCUGGCUUCAGAUGACCGUCAUAUGCACAUUUGUGUCCCUUUUUAAACACUUGUCUGAUGACUUAGGGCUCGUUCUCUAGAGCAUAUUUUGCUUCAAGUUCGCAGGGGGUUUCCCACUGCGAGCUUAAAAGGGGCAGGCUCACUGCCGGCUGUCUGCAGCUUAUUUUCAGCACCGGAAUCUCUGCCGCUGACCCAAUUGAAGUCAAUGGGGACUGCGGCAGAUUGUCCGCAGCAGACAUUCCGCUGCAGACAGCUGGCGGGGAGCCUGCCCCUUUCAAACCCUGCGAGUCUGAAACAAAAUACGCUCCUGUGAACGAGCCCUUAAACUGCAAACCUCAUAGAUCUGUAUGAUGCUUUCAGCUUGGGUCAGUGGAUCUGCGUUCAGGGCAGGACUUGCUGUCAUAUCACACUCACCUGAGCCCGACCUAAAGGUUGUAAAAAAAAAUUAUUUUCACCCCCCCCCCCAAUUAUUAGGAAAUGUAGUAUAUUGCACAUUUAAAAAUGUUUUCCAAUGACUUAUUAUUUAAUGCAUAUAUAUAUUUUAAUAUUUGAGGCUCAAUUCUGGGCUCGCACUUAUGCCGUAAAAGUCAUAAUUGGAAAAUUCGACCCUUUUUCCCUAUGGUUAAUGUAUGCAACCAUAUUGCAGGAGAAUGAAAAUGUAGGAGUGUUUGGCCUAUCCAUUUAGAAAGUGAUAAUCUGAUUGGUUGGUCUGCUCCUCUUUUUGGCUGCACUAUUUUUGUUCCCGGUCCCCUGGUCAAUGCACAGGCUACUUCUUUUGGGCUAUGCCACAAUAUGCUGUUUUAUGUUAUAUUCAUAUAUAUAUGAAUAUAUAUAUAUAUAUUUUCUUAAGGAACAGUACCCAAUGUGCAAUUUUAUGUACCUAGAAAACAGAAUUCUGCCAAUGUUAAAAAAAAAAUUAGUUGCAUUAAAACAGUCACCUUCCGAACCGACCCAUCCUUUACUGCUGAUACAUUCCCUGUUAGACCAGAAAUAGUAUUUGGGCCAAUUUAGGAAUCUUAAUUGGAGGAAAUAAAUGAUUAUUUAAGAGCUUCUGUUAUGCAAUUCUGUUGUUUUUCUUUCCCUUAAAGGUCUUAACAGAUUGAUAGGAAGCAUAUCGUUCCUGCACGAUGCCAAAGGCUCGGCUCGCCGGCAGCCUCUUGGCAUUGUGUUAAUGUCUACCAUUUUGCUUGUGACAGAACAAUACAAAACCAUACAGCAGGCUUGUGCAAAAUGUUGUUCGCUUAGCAUGCUGGGAGUUGUAGGGAUUAGUUUUUUGUUUCUUUUUUUAAGGUCUGUAACUGGCAGGACCAGGGCAAUGGUCAAAAUGGCAUGACCAGGGCAAUGGAACAAAAAGUUCCCCUGGGGCUUGCUGGUAAUCUUAAAGGGGUACUCCACUGGCCAGCAUUCGGAACAUAUAGUUCCGAAGGCUGUGUGCGCGCUUCGCAGGGGUCGAACACACCCCAUUGUGACGUCUUGCCACGCCCCCCAAAGCAAGUCUAUGGGAGGGGACGUGUGGCUGCAACACCCCCUCCCAUAGACUUGCAUUGGGGGGGCGUUGUGGGAAGUUACGAGGGGGCGUGACCAACCCCCGCAGCGCGGGGUCGGAACUAAAUGGCCAGUGGAGUACCCUUUUCAGAACUAAAUGGCCAGUGGAGUACUAAAUGGCCAGUGGAGUACCUUUUUCAGAACUAAAUGGCCAGUGGAGUACCCCUUUAACUCCCCAUCUAAUUUAUCUAUACCAAUAGAGACCAUAGCGCAAUGGCCUUUGUUUCCCAGACUUGAUGUUUUCUCCUCGCUAUGAUUUAUUCAUUUCAAAAACAAAACCCUACGGAAAGAAUGUUAAGUAAUAGAAUAAUACGAGUAUAAUGAUCUUUGGUUGAAAACAUGAAAUAUAUGCACAAUAAAACCAAAUCAUGGCAACUAAAAAGAGGGGGGCACCAAUUAAAAAACAAAUAGGACAUUUUCACAAAUUUUCUGAUUACCAAAAAAAUCCCCCCCACCCAUGUCCCUUGAAAACAAUAUAUUAACUUGUAUCAAGGAUUAAGUACAACUACACUGUAUCCCCAGUUACAAUUUCCCACUGUUUCGACACAAGGUUUGCUGUGGAGCUAACUCUCACCAUCUUGUCUUAUUUUUUGGACAACAAAUAUUCAUUACCAUAACAAUGAGAAAACACAGGCCCGAAAGCUUCAAUUUUAAGCCUAUACUGGCUACAUCUGAGUUUGACUGCAGAUUUCCAGCAGUAACCUAAUUUUGAAGAAUUGUCCACCUUGAGCUCCUAGAGUCCCUUAAAGGACAUCUGCAGCGAACAAAACUUCUCCCCUAUCCACAGGAUACGGGAUAAGUUUCUGAUCGCGGGGGGAGGGGUGGUCCGACUGCUGCGACCCCCUGUGAUCUCCCGAGCAGGGCCCCUGCAUUGCCUCGCUGUGCGCCGGCUAAUGCGCGUAGCGUCGACCUCACUGAGGUUGACGGUACGCACCCUCCACGCCCCCUCCCCAUACAGCUCUAUGUUCGUGCCUCCCUGCCUUUCCCAUAGAGAUACAUGGAGGAGGCGUGUCAGCCGCAACUGGGGGUCCCAGUGGUCAAAUCCCCCCCCCCCCCCCCACUAUCAGACACUCAUCCCUUAUCAAAGUUUUGUUCGCUGCAUAUUUCCUUUAAGUGGUAUAGUGGGAGGUAUAGUCUAGCAGCCCUUAGUUUGCAUUGCCAUAGUACUAUCACUACCUAAACGAUAUCAUGUCUCGCCAGGACGCCGUUUAAGCUUUUCACACCAGAUUGGAGUCAAUGGGUCAAGCGCGGCAUAAAUUAUCUCGUCUAACCGCUAAUUAUAGUGAUUAACAGACCUUCCAAGUGAACUGGAUCGAGAUUUCAUCUGAAAUCUUUAUCUCUACGAGCUCCAAAUGACAAGAUAUUUUUCUUCUCUUUAGUGAAAUUGCACUUCAGCCAGAAAAGUUAAUUAAGACCUUAGAAAGCAAAAAUCAACAAACAAGACCUGUAAAGCUCGCGUGGUCAGUGACACUUUACAGCAUGGUAUUAUUAAAGUGGAAUAUUGAAUGCAGGGCCACAUUACCCCUUACCUCUGAAAUUUUUUUUUAGCUGGCUUUUUUUUUUUUUUUUAUCUUCAGCUUAUAUGUGCAGCUUUUUUUUUCUUAAUUCUGUUAUUUUUUUAUUUUUAUUUUUUAUAAAAGUUUAUCACGUGUGUAGAAACUGUUCACAAUUUUCCUCCUUUUUCUUGUUAUCGAAUAUUAAUUCCAGCUCAAGUCUAUGAGAAAGCAUUUGAAUUCAAUUAGUGGAUUUAUUGAUUAUUUAAUUUUUUUAUUUUUUAUUUCAAAUGCCCAUUGUUUUUGAACCUACAAAUCUUAGCAUGCUCAACUUCUGCACAUAUUUCCCCCUGCCUUCUUUGGUAAUGAACAUAUUGAACAUUGUACCUUACAGAAUAAUUUAUUUUUUAUUUUAUUUUUUUUGUGGGAGAUUUGGGUUGGCGUUCUAAUACAAACACACCCUCCAUUUUCUGAUGUUUUUGGAAGAUGGUUAAGGAUUGUGGGAAAGUGUUCUUCCUUUAGGGAUUUCUCAAUUUGCACAAGAUUUUACAAAAACAAAAAUUCCUUACAAAGUAAACUCAAACCAGCAGUGACCUCUCUUAGUGGACUGAAAAUAUAAAACAAAAAGUAUAAGGCAAUAAGUAUCUUUUUAUUUUUUCAGUUACAUUUUUUUUCCUUUGGUUCCAAUGUUUUAAGUAGUCCAGAAUCUACAAUAAUUUUUUCAAAAAUUGGGAAUUUUCCCCCCCAAAGGUUUGAGGGAAUCCCAUGUUUACAAAAGGAAAGAAAAAUACCUGAAACUUUUUGGCCGCCUGAUGACAUAAUUGCGGCAUAUUUGUAUGAUACAAGCAUCUGUAGGUUCUCAUUAGGAUUUAUUUUGGUGUCAUGUCGAUUUAGUGCCUUACAAACGCCUUCAGUGAUGAGGGGUGGUGGCCGGGUUCAUCCAAGCCCAGCUGUCUCUGAAGGGGGCUUUAGAAGCUGUUUCCCUUCCUUAUGUGCAGAGACCUAGGCCAAAGGGAUAUUAUACUUCUAAUAUGCCCCCCCAUCCUUCUCUCUAAAUCCUAUAUAUAAUGUGCCUCGUUCUGUAUGGUGCUUGUUAUGCAAAGCAUUGGACUGUUCCCAAGGUUCUAUCGAAGCCUUGUCUAUAAUGCACAUAUCCUAUUGCCAGAUCGGCUGAAAACUGUGGUAGAUUUUGUAUGACGCAAAUUGGAGGUGUUCGAUUGCCCCUACUGAGCCAAAAAAAUAUAUAAAACGCAUACCAAUAUGUUGUCCAAUUAUUUUGUUAUACUUUGUUACUGGCGAUCGCUGUAAAUUUACCUGUGUGUAUCUAUCAAUAUGAAAAGGUGAUGUCAGGAGAAUAAACAAAAAGUUGCGGAAUUGUUUAGGAAUGAUACUGAAGCAGCAAAGUCUAAAAAUGCCCAUAAAACAUCUAAAUUCAUGUUAAAAAAAUAUUUUAAAGUUUUUUGUCAACUUUUUCUCCUUUAAAUAUGUGUAUGAUAUGGCACAAUUUGUGAUGAUAAUGAACAGCCUGUUCCAGUAUCGGUCCUAUCAGAUUCAGCAAUCGAAAAAGUUACCACAUUCCCCCUCUUGUAUUGUAAAGCUGUUCUUAAAGGGAUAAAAUUGAAAAACAAAAUUGUAAUAUUUUACAUAAUUCUGUACUUUAUCCCUUUUUUAUUAUUAUUAUGGUAAAAGGAGGUUCUAUCAUACCACCUAGUUGAAAGACCUUUUUUUUUUUCCCGCCAAUCCUAACAGCUGAAUGCAAGAAAACCAUCCCCAAAUCUUUGGGACCGGUUUUUCUACAUUCCCGUAGUGUCCCUUUAAGAAUGGUUUCGACCAAAUUCCAGUAAUGGGUUCAUGACAGUAGCCAACCAGCUAUUCUUUUAUGACAGUUACACUUGCACUAGACCGAUCAAAACAAAAUACCUGGUUGGCGGUCAUCCGAUUGCACAAUUUUUGGAAGGUGGCAAUUUAAGACUGAAGUCUUGUUUUGGGCUUUGCCUUUUUUGUGUGUAUGUAUACCUUUUUAGAAUUUUAGUUUUCAUUCCAACAUUGGGUGUAUUCUGAAACCCCAAAGAAUUACAAAGGGAACGUCUGUAUAUCUAGAUUCAUGGACAGAUCAAAAAUCAGAUUUUUAUAGAACAAAUGUUUUUGCUGUUCUACGAACUUCCCCAUGUUUGACACAUGGCUGCCAUUUUGAAGGCUCAAGGAUAACCCACAAAUCUAGAGCCACCUCACCCCACCCCCAAUGGUCUUCAGUAUAUUACAAGGUCAGGCUUAUUAGACCAUGAGUCAGGCCUCACCUUGAGGGGACUAGCACAUUCAUAUGAUGGCCACAAUAGGGCAACCAUAACAAUAGCUCAUGCUACAAAAAUUAGCUUGUCCUUUUUUUUUUUUUUAACCCCUUGUACUGCAAAAUAAUUUAGUCUACAAAAUGGCAGCCUAGCUUUUUUUUUUUUACAUAGUGUCAUGUAAGAUUACAGUACCGUUAUGGACUCCCUCUUUAGAUUUUAGCAUAAAUGCUUGAUAACAGUAUGGCGACUGGUGUUCAUAAUAGUGUUCAGUCAGUGGCUAGAUGUUUUCUAUCAACCAGAGUGGAAUCAGAGCAAAAUUAAACCAAUAUCCAAUUUUUUUUAUUAUCAUGUAUUUUUUAUUUUUCUUAUAUUUAAAUGCUAUAUUUUUUUUCUAAACAAUGCACAAUGCACAUGGUAAAAACGUAUUUACUAACCGAAAACUUUUUGUGAGAAGAGGUAAUCGUGUUUCUUGAAUUUUGUGGAAUAAAUGAUGUUUCUAGAAAAAAAAAUUAAAAAUGUAAAAGUUAUUGCACUAAACUCUAUGAAAAAAGGAUGAAAUGGACAUUUGAAGAAAGAUCCCAAGUUACAGGCCCGAGGAUGAAGCAUUUUGUGUGAAAAACUGGGCAAUUUUUUUUUUUUACAUAUUUUAAUAUAUAUCUAUAAAUAUAAAUGUUGAAAUGUUCCAAAACCUACACUACAAAUAUUGCUGUAUAAUAUUAUUCGGCUCUGUUAGGAGCCACAUUGUGUGCUUGUUAAUUUUCGGAUAGUUCCGUGGCAUAUAUGUAUGGCGUUUGUAUUUUAGACAAUUUUUAUCACAAGUUCUGUUCCAGUCUUUACUUAUGUAAACUACAGCACAUUCAAUGCAGUACUUGAGAAUUAUUCAAAAAAAAAAAACUAAAAAAAAUUAUUAUAAUGUUCUUUAUGCUGCAGUUUAUGGUAUAUACAGAUGUACUUUGAUGCCAAUUUCCAAACUGUUUUUGCUUACUGUGUAUUAGUAGAAAUGUCAUACAGAUGGCUGCAAUACUUACUAUACAAUAAAAUUUCAUUAUAUGUUGCCU